GUCUCUCAGCGAGUCCACAGCCGAGUGCGGACCCAGGUCUCCAGCCUUCCCGUCGGGUUCCUCUCUGAGUCCUGCAACUUUCAGCCUCGCCCUGCCCAAGGGCCAUCAUUUGCAUCCCACAUUUCCCCCUCCUUAAGGUCCCCGGGGCUCGCCCGAGACGUCCCAGUCGUUCAAGGAGCUUUACCACCGCGAACUUGCCCCUUCGCCAGGCUCCUGUCGCGCAUGCGCACUGGUUUCCCCGGCGGCCCCUACUGCCGAAGCCCAGCGGGCCCGCGGAGACGCUGUUGUUGCCACGGAAGUACGGAGAGUUGGAAGGGUCAACCUGCUCUGGAGUUCGGGCAUCUGGCCAAAAAUUCCGGGAUUGCAAAACGGGAAAAGCUGCCUCCGCCUCCCGGCAGGGCGGGACUAACAAACAGGGUGGAACCACCGCCACAAAGCUGGGCGCCAUCAGCGUGAUCCCAGUCUUCGGACAGGCGUCAUGUGGCUUACACUGGUGCUGCUGGCCGUGCUGCUGCUGGCCGUCCUCCGCAAAGUUUACCUGGGGCUGUUCUCAAGCAGCUCCCCGAAUCCUUUCUCCGAGGACGUCAAACGACCACCCGCGCCCCUGGUGACGGACAAGGAGUCCCGGAAGAAGGUCCUAAAACAAGCUUUCUCAGUCAGCCACGUGCCAGAGAAGCUGGAUGUGGUGGUCAUUGGCAGUGGCUUUGGGGGUCUGGCUGCAGCUGCAAUUCUGGCCAAAGCUGGCAAGCGAGUUCUGGUGCUGGAACAACAUACCAAGGCAGGAGGCUGUUGUCACACCUUUGGAAAGGAUGGCCUUGAAUUUGACACAGGAAUCCAUUACAUCGGGAGGAUGGAGGAAGGCAGCUUUGGCCGUUUUAUUUUGGACCAGAUCACUGAGGGGCAGUUGGACUGGGUUGCCUUGUCCUCUCCCUUUGACAUCAUGGUACUAGACGGGCCCAGUGGCCGAAAGGAUUUCCCCAUGUACAGUGGGGAGAAAGCCUACGUUCAGGGUCUCAAGGAGAAGUUUCCCCAGGAAGAAGCUGCCAUUGACAAGUAUAUAAAGCUGGUUAAGCUGGUAGCCAGAGGAGCCGUUCAUGCUGUCUUGGUGAAGAUCCUCCCAUUGCCUGUGGCUCAGUUCCUCAACAAGUGUGGGCUGCUCACCCGUUUCUCUCCAUUCCUUCGCGCAUCCACCCAGAGCCUGGCUGAGGUCCUGCGGCAGCUGCCCGCCUCCCAGGAGCUCCAGGCAGUGCUCAGCUACAUCUUCCCCACAUAUGGUGUGACCCCCAGCCACACCACCUUUGCCAUGCAUGCUCUGCUGGUUGACCACUACAUUAAAGGGGCCUUUUACCCUCGAGGGGGUUCUAGUGAAAUCGCCUUUCACACCAUCCCUGUGAUUCAGCGGGCCGGUGGCGCUGUCCUGACGAGGGCCUCUGUGCAGAGUGUGUUGCUGGACUCAGCCGGGAAAGCCUGUGGUGUCAGUGUGAAGAAGGGUCAAGAGCUGGUGAACAUCUAUUGCCCCAUCGUGAUCUCUGAUGCAGGACUGUUCAAUACCUACAAGUACUUAUUGCCAGAGAACGCCCUGUGCCUGCCAGGUGUGAAGCAGCAGCUGGAGAUGGUACGGCCAGGCUUGGGCAUGGUGUCUGUCUUCAUCUGCCUACGAGGCACCAAGAAGGACUUGGGGCUGCAGUCUACCAACUACUAUGUUUAUUUUGACACAGACAUGGACAAAGCGAUGGAGCGCUACCUCUCCAUGCCCAGGGAAAAGGCGGCAGCACACAUGCCUCUUCUCUUCAUUGGUUCCCCGUCAGCUAAGGACCCGACUUGGGAGGACCGAUUUCCAGACCGGUCCACGAUGAUUGUGCUGGUGCCCACCUCCUACGAGUGGUUUGAGGAGUGGUGGGAGGAGCCAAAAGGAAAGCGGAGCAGCGACUAUGAGACCCUGAAAACCACCUUUGUUGAAGCCUCUCUGUCAGUUGUCAUGAAGCUGUUCCCACAGCUGGAGGGAAAGGUGGACAGUGUGACUGGAGGAUCACCGCUGACCAAUCAGUUCUAUCUGGCUGCUUUCCAGGGUGCCACUUACGGGGCUGACCACGACCUGAGCCGCCUGCAUCCUCAUGGAAUAGUCUCCAUCAGGGCCCAAAGCCCCAUCCCCAACCUCUACCUGACAGGCCAGGAUAUCUUCACCUGUGGGUUGAUGGGGGCCCUGCAAGGGGCCCUUCUGUGCAGUGGUGCCAUCCUGAAGCGGAACUUGUACCUAGACCUCAAGAAGCUUGGUUCAAGGAUCCAGGCACAAAAGAAGAACAAUUAGUCCAGUCAGGGAUGAGUCGGAGGAAUUUGGCCAGUGCUGUGGCACGGCCGCUGACUUAGCUAUAAUGUCUUUCAGCAUUCGUUUCUGCUUAGAUAAAGCACUCUCAUUUGUUUUUGAUUUCUGAAUGGAGAUCCGACGCAUAGGGCUAGCACAGAUCACAGUUCUUCAAAUGAAGCUCUUCUGGCUGGGGCAGGGAUGAUCUUUCACACCUUUUGUAACAUGCCAGCCCUAAUAAAAGGCCCCAGGAGCCUACUGAUUUGGAUAGCCUUAAUAUCUCAUUAAGCAGUGCUCAGCACCCCACACCCAUCCCUCCUAACUCAGCAAUUAAACUGAAUAUUCUCUGGUCAGGGGGCUAGAACCCCUGAAAAUGCUAGACCAGCCGUCUCGAGGCUUUUCCUCAUCCACUUGCAGUCUGUGCCGCAGUCUACACUGGUAAAGAAAAAGGUGCCUAGUGAGGUUUUGGUCAAAGUUUCAUGGGUUCAGAGGACUCCAGAUCCUAUUUUUGGUGGGUUCCAGUGGCUCUUUCAGAGGGUGACCUGUGAUAGGUUCAAUGUGGUAGUGGGGGCUGGAGGUAAUGACAAGAUGUAUUACUUAGCAAGGUAUGUGUUACAAGAUAAUAUCCAAUUCGUAUGCAGCCAAGGCCCUAAGUUUGUUGUCCUUGUAAUUAGGGUGACCCUGGGUUCUCAAUGUGCCAGCACCAAGACACACCCUCAUGGAGCCUCAAGCCUUAUCUUCCAAAGAUAGAGAGCAAAGGGUGAUACUAGUAGGGCAGAGGACUGGAAGGGUGACUUCACGGGGCUGAAGCAGGCUGUAAGAGCAUUCCAGGCCAACAGUACAGCAGAGGCAAGUUCCAAGAGGUAACUGAAUGAAUAAUGAAGAAUGACUAAGGGCCCAGCUAGCUGCCUCCUAGACCUAGAACGGGCUGCCUGGUGCAGAGGACAAGUGGGGUUGGAAAUCGGUCACCAGCACAGCAGGGAAAGCUACAGGAUGUAUAUAUACAAAGCCCAGAAUGGCAUUUCCAGUUUAUUGGACGUUGGAUGAGAAGGUGAAUGAAGACUAAAGGGUAAAAAUAAAAUGAUCCAUGGCUUUAGUAUCUGAA